AUGGCUCCGAGGCUUUUCGCGUUCUUGUCGUUGCUGACGGUUCUUACAGUUUACGCAGACCGGCCACAGUCCAACAUCGACCAGAUUUCCUACGCCCGUCAAUGUCCGCGUACGCCGAUUUUCUUGUUUAUAAAUGAUCCACGAAGUUCUGGCCGUUGAACAGGAAAAAGUUCGAUCGCACUGCAAAUUAAGAUAAUUGAAUUCUUUGGGGGUUAAAUGAUCACAAUAAAUAGAAGCGUAAAAUUCUGUGCGCUUUGCAUAAAUCGCCUUGAGCUCCAGAGACUUUGCAUUCAAGCAAAAAUAAGAAAUUUAUGAAUUUUUUUCCCAAUAUCUCGUGACCUUUAUAAAAACACUAAAAAACAAAUGAAACAAAUCGUUCCAUUUUUUGCAAUUGAUUGUUUUUUACGGCGUUAACGAAGCAUAGAAGAAAAAACUAUUUAAAUUACCCAUUUCAGGCGACUGGGAGUUCGAAUGCAGGAACGGCGAAUGCAUCGCUUACUACGACGUUUGUGACGGGAUCCCCCAAUGCAGCGACGGCUCCGACGAAAUCAACUGCGAGCAGAUCAGGUCCGUGAAUACCUUCUCUUGGUCAGCAAGCAAGUCUCAGACAGUGCUACGUCGGUCGGUCAUUAUUGCGCUGUCAGUUUCGGAGCCCGGAAAUUUUUCCGUGUUUUUUUUUUGCUACUGUUACGGACCUGUGUCUCGAAGUUUCACAAAAAGUACAAAAGCUUUCAUUUUAUUUUUGGGAAACCUAUACGAAUUACCGUAAUACGGCUGGCCACCUCAAACAGGCGUGUCAAAAAAUCAAAAGAGGUCCGAAUGGUUUUUUGGCGAAUCAACAUCUCUCAAGGCUUUUUUGUUGAUCCAGAUCUGAUUUACCUAGGCGUAUAAAGAUGACUUUUAGCUGGAGAUAUUUAUCGUUUUUGAAAUUGACAGGGUUAGCGAAGCAGUGUACGGAGAGAGGGAGAUUUCCAUUUUUAGUAUUUUUUUUUACUUGGGCGUCGAAAAGAUUUAGUGUGCUCAGAAUAUGGUUUGCAAGCUUCCAAUCGCAGUUUUUUCCGCUCUGGAUUCAUCAAAAAAAAAUUUGUAAGUGCCUUUAUUACGAAAAUAUACCGUUUAAUGUACUUUCGAAACUUUUUGAGUCUAAUUUCUUUAUAAUUGUUCGCAAAAAUUUAAAAAGAAAACGAAGUAGAUAGUAAAUUUUUUUGUCACUUAACUUUUAGAGUUUAAAUUUUUGGGCCUGAUAAGCUUUUUUUAAAGUUUGUUUUUUUAUGAAUCUUAAUUAUUUUUAGUGAUGACAUAACUUGGUCUCUUCUGCGAUAAACUCCAUAUAUUUCAGAAAAUGAAAGUUUUUGUAAGCUUUUUUACGCCGUUUGGUUUUAAUCGAGUUAUAACGCCUCAAAAUUUGACGGCUAUCAUUUUUUAUCUAAAGAGGGCUUUUUUCUAGCUGAAGAAAUUGAGACCUUUUCACCUUUCUUGGUAUCCGGGUUCUUCGAAAUUCGCAUCAACCAUUUUUAGCGAAAUUCCAGAACUUCCAUUUUUUCACAUUUCUUGUUAUGAUUAGUCGAAUAUGCUCAUUAACCUAGACAACUUUUCAAGGCAGAAAAUUUUUGAGGAGAUUCGACCCCCCAAGAGACUCAAAAGAUGAGAUGUUUCCGUUGCGGUUCUGAAAUAACGUAUUGUUUGACUUUUUUACGACAAUAUUUCGAGAAUUAUUAUCGGUUGUGUCACUAUCUCUAAUCGAUAAAACGCUAAGCAAACGUUUUCGAAACCCUGGAAAACCUAAGAAGAAGAGAGCAAUGAGCGAACAAGAACUAUUCAAAAUUAUUCAAGCCGAAAUCGAAGGGUGAGUUUUCUCUUACCUCUCUUAAUUUUCCAUGCUUCAUCGUUUUCCGUUUUCUUUCAUGACAGUGUGUAGUUGAAUUACUUUUAUAGAUAAAUUAUCCACUUUCAAAAAAAAAAAAACAAAAGUCAAAACAACUUUCGCCCGUUAUGGACUGUACUGGCUGGUAUUGGGUGUAGAAUUUGAUUGAAAGUAUUCAGAGCACGAAACAAUGGGAGAAAUCGCGGAGAAGCCGCAACCACGACAGUCGCUCCUGUGACGACAACGACACUCGCCGAGCAAGGCUAUGUGGUUCUAACUGCGCGACAACUCUUCUUGGGCUUCGUCGCGUUCGCCGUCGCGGCCGUCGCUGUCGUCGCGCUCAUAAAGCGGAGAGCACGCAAAAAGGCCGUAGUCCGUAAUCGUCGAGGCAAUAUUCUGCAGGUAUUCCCUUCUUCUGUUCGCUUCAUGCUUUUCGAAACUUGGAGAGGUGCAAUUCUUUUCGACGAUUAAAUUGCAGAAAAGUUUUCCCUCUUUUUUUAAAGAACGUCGAUUUUUUGCUCGCGAAUGACAUUGGUAUAAAACACCCGUUGGCAGAAUCGUCACCUUAUUCUUACGCUCCAUCGAUAACGCAGAAAGUAAUGUGCGAUCGGAAAAAUAAGUCGAUAAUUAAAAAGAAAUCUAUAAAAAUGCAUGAAAAAGCUUCAUAUAACUGAUUUUUUUUUUUUUCCAGGAAAGAAAAAUUUCGACUAGUUAUUCAUAUGAUCAGUGGUCACUUAAAAUACUGAUUUUUUUUUCAGCAAGACUCCGAUGAAGACGACAUUCUCAUCAGCUCCAUGUACUCAUAG